ACAGUAGUGGAUGACCUUACCAAUUACGCUAUAUAAGACAAAUAACAAUGUUGGCAAAGAAAAAAAUUAUAUGCACUUUUAAUGUGGCAUUAAUUUGGACAAUAAAAACGGUGUCUUGACAUUCAAAGGUAUUCUGACAUAAAACUAGAACUGUAUCCAUUUCCCAAAGAAGACACAGGGUGGCGCUGCAGGCUAAGGCUAUGAUUAAAAAGCACUAAAAUACCAGGAACCGCUGGCUGCAAUAUAGAACAAAAGACCCAGGCAAGCGCUUUGCUAGCAGUAAGGAGCUAUGGAGGGGUUUGGGCAAGGAUAUAAUGGAUAAAUGUAAGACUAAGAACAACGUUGUGAAGAUUCCUCCGAAGGAGAAAGCCGAAUUCAGCGUUUCAAACUAUUUGGAGACUGCUAAAGGAUUGGAUGCAAGCACUCACUGCCCCAUCAUGGAGAACCCAGAGAGAAUUCACCCAAACAGGCAAGUAAUGGCUUUUGUUUUAAUCCUGGUUUUGGUUCAGGUUUGCAGUGAGUCAACGACUCGGUACUUUGUCUUGGAGGAAACAGAAAGGGGCUCCUUUGUAGCCCAUCUGGCCAAGGAUCUGGGCCUGGAUUCUGGGGAGCUGGCUGCCAGGUCUGCAAGGGUGGUGUCUGAUGAUUUCAAGCAGCGACUGCUGCUGGAUCCUGAGACUGGAGACUUGCUUCUGAGGGAGAAACUAGACCGGGAAGAGCUGUGUGGCUCUGUGGACCCCUGUGUGCUGCAUUUCCAGGUGUCUCUUGAAAAGCCAGUACAAUAUUUUCAAGGAGAACUAUUGAUCCAGGAUAUAAAUGACCACUCGCCAGAAUUCCCAGAUAGGGAAAUACUCCUGAAAAUACUGGAAAACAGCCAGCCAGGCACACGGUUUUCAUUAAAAUUAGCCCAGGAUUUGGAUGUGGGCAGCAACGGGCUCAAACUAUACACUGUUAGCCCCAACUCUCAUUUUCAUGUCCUCACUCAAAAUAAUAGCAAAGGUGAGAAAUACCCUGAGUUGGUUCAGGACAGAGCCCUGGACAGAGAGGAGCAGGCAGAGCUGAGCUUAACCCUCACGGCUCUGGAUGGUGGGUCUCCACCUAGGUCAGGGACAACCAUGGUUAGAAUCCUGAUCAUGGACAUCAAUGACAAUGCUCCUGAAUUUGUGAACAGCCUCUAUGAGGUGCAGGUCCUGGAGAGCAGUCCCCUAGACACCCCAAUCCUGACUGUCUCAGCACGGGAUGCAGAUGCUGGCAGUUUCGGAAGGGUUUCCUAUGGCUUGUUCCAAGCCUCAGAUGAAAUCCAGCAAACUUUCUCACUAAAUGAAACUACGGGAGAAAUGCGAUUGAAAAAGAAAUUGGAUUUCGAAAAAAUUAAAUCUUACAAUGUUGAAAUCGAGGCCAUAGAUGGAGGCGGCCUUUCUGGGAAGGGCUCGGUGGUGAUAGAGGUGGUGGACGUGAAUGACAAUGCCCCGGAGCUGACCAUAUCUUCACUGACCAGCUCUGUCCCAGAAAAUGCUCCUGAGACCAUAAUCAGCAUCUUCAGAAUUGGAGACAGGGAUUCUGGAGAGAAUGGAAAGGUGAUUUGCUCUAUUCCAGAAAACUUACCAUUCAUUCUAAAAUCCACUUUUAAAAAUUUCUACACCCUGGUAACAGAGAGCCCACUGGACAGAGAGAGCAGAGCCGAGUACAACAUCACCAUCUCUGUCACCGACCUGGGCACACCCAGGCUCACAACCCAGCACACCAUAACAGUGCAGGUGUCUGACAUCAAUGACAACGCCCCUGCCUUCACCCAACCCUCCUACACCCUGUUUGUCCGGGAGAACAACAGCCCCGCCCUGCACAUAGGCACCAUCAGAGCCACAGACUCGGACUCAGGCUCAAAUGCCCACAUCACCUACUCACUGCUGCCGCCCCAAAACCCACAGCUGGCCCUCGACUCGAUGAUCUCCAUCAAUCCAGACAAUGGGCAGCUGUUCGCACUCAGGGCACUGGACUAUGAGGCCCUGCAGGCCUUUGAGUUCCUCGUGGGCGCUGCAGACCAUGGUUUGCCCGCGCUCAGCAGCCAGGCGCUGGUGCGCGUGCUGGUGCUGGAUGACAACGACAAUGCGCCCUUUGUGCUCUACCCACUGCAGAAUGCCUCUGCACCCUGCACAGAGCUGCUGCCCAGGUCUGCAGAGCCCGGAUACCUGGUCACAAAGGUAGUGGCAGUGGACCACGACUCUGGCCAGAAUUCCUGGCUGUCAUUCCAGUUGCUCAAGGCCACGGAGCCCGGACUAUUCAGCGUGUGGGCGCACAAUGGCGAGGUGCGCACCACCAGGCUGCUGAGUGAGCGAGAUGCCCCCAAGCACAGGCUGCUUCUUCUGGUCAAGGACAAUGGGGAGCUUCCUAGGUCAACCAGUGUCACCCUGCAAGUGUUGGUGGUGGAUGGUUUCUCCCAGCCCUACCUGCCUCUGCCAGAGGUGGCGCUCAAUCCCCCUCAGGAUGAUGAGGAUGCACUCACCUUGUACCUGGUCAUCGCCUUGGCAUCUGUGUCUUCACUCUUCCUCUUCUCUGUCCUGCUCUUCGUGGGCAUGAGGCUGUGCAGGAGGGCCAGAGAGGCCUCAUUGGCUGUCUGCUCUGUGCCUGAGGGACACUUUCCAGGCCACCUGGUGGAUGUCAGCGGCACUGGGACUCUGUCCCAGAGCUACCAGUAUGAGGUGUGUCUGACAGGAGACUCUGGGACUGGUGAGUUCAAAUUCCUCAAACCCAUGAUCCCCAACCUGUUGGGUCAGGACGCUGGGAGAGAACUUAAGGAAAAUCUCCACUGCAGGGAUAGCUUUGUAUUCCGCUAAAUAUUCUAAUGAUCCAAUGAAUCUAAGAAUGGAUAUAACUCUUAUGUAUCUACAUAAGUGCGAUGUUAACGAGCUUUUUAAAAAAAAACAACUGCCAUGUGUGCAUGUCUCCAACCGCCCUCAUUUUUCCUAUUGAUAUUAAGCAUGCUUAGGAUGUCAUCAUAUUUUGAUGUCAUUAUAUUAUAUUUGAUGUAUUUGGUGACUAAUAUUCUCAUAGCUACAAAUAACUGAAGUAGCAUAAAAUUUGUUUUAAUGACUUUCUUUUUUAAUGGUCAUGAGAAAAUUUGAUUUCCUGUAUAAUUGUGACACCUUUUUUAACCGUAUUCCUUUAUCUUUUUAAGGUUAGAAUGCAUAGUUUGUU